AUGGCCGUGCCGGUCAUCGAAACCAACAACACCAUCUCCCAUCCUGAAGGCGGGUGCCCGUUACAAGUUGGUGAAGGAACGUACAUUCUGAAGGAUGAUCUCCUUCUUGCAACACCGCCUCCGCACCCAUCUGAAGCGCCAAUUGUCAACCCAAACCCUCUCGCGACUGUCCCGAACCCUCCGACAUCUGGUGUGAAGGUGUCUUUGGUCACCCUAGACGCGCGCAAGAGACCACCUACAUUCUUAACGACCAAGGUUACGGCACCGCAAUUUGGCGAUGGAAACCCUGCGCUCGCUCCACCGCCAGCUAACUCGAAGGACGCGAAAAAGCGGAAGCCAAAGAACAAUAUCAUCAAGAGCAGCUCCUCGUUUGUUUCGAGAGUCAUCACCCAUGAGACGUCGGCGAAGAGGCUGAGCGACCGUGACCCUAAUGGUGUCUUUGCGUUUGCCAACAUCAACCGCGCAUUCCAAUGGCUAGACCUCAGCGCCGCGCAGAAAGAGGAACAUCUGACCAAAGUUCUCUUCACCAAGGCACAUAUGUUGUGUCACGACAUUAACGACGUUACCAAGUCUUCAUCCCACUUGGACAUCGUCAUGGGUUCUUCCGCGGGGGACAUCAUCUGGUACGAGCCCAUGUCGCAGAAAUACGCCCGGAUCAACAAGAAUGGAGUGAUCAACAACUCCCCCGUCACUCAUAUUAAAUGGCUUCCUGGCUCUGAGCACUUGUUCAUGGCGUCGCAUGCAAACGGAGCUCUGGUGGUUUAUGAUAAGGAGAAAGAGGAUGCUCUGUUCGCAUCCGAGGCUAGCACUCCGUCUGAGAAGGAGGGCGUUCGACUACCUCUGGAGGUCCAGAAAUCCGUCAACUCCAAAAACCAGAAGACCAACCCGGUCGCACUGUGGAAACUGUCCACCCAUAAAAUCGCCCAGUUUGCUUUCUCGCCGGAUCAGCGGCACUUGGCCGUGGUUCUAGAAGAUGGGUCGCUGCGUCUUAUGGAUUACUUGAAGGAAGAGUGA